CUGCGCAUGCGCUCUGUGUGGCUUGGUCAAUAUGGCGGCGUGCUUAAAGAAUCUGACAUCUAUCGGGAGAAAUGUUGUACAGAGACAUUUACUGAAGACAUAUUCUUCACCCAGGCUCACAUCUGGACCCCACAGACUGUUGGCUGUUCAGGCUCCACAAGUGGCCCUCAAUGUUCCUGAAACUAAGGUGACCGCUUUAGAAAACGGGCUCCGGGUGGCUUCUGAGGACUCUGGGCUUCCAACCUGCACAGUGGGCCUCUGGAUAGAUGCUGGUAGUCGCUAUGAAAAUCAAAGAAACAAUGGCACAGCGCAUUUUCUGGAACACAUGGCUUUUAAGGGCACAAGGAAACGCUCCCAGCUGGAUCUGGAGUUGGAGAUUGAGAACAUGGGGGCUCACCUGAACGCCUACACCUCCCGGGAGCAGACUGUGUAUUACGCCAAGGCUUUUUCUAAAGAUCUCCCACGAGCUGUGGAGAUCCUGGCUGACAUCAUCCAGAACAGCAUGCUUGGUGAGGCAGAGAUUGAGAGGGAACGAGGGGUGAUCCUCAGAGAGAUGCAGGAAGUAGAGACUAAUCUGCAGGAGGUGGUCUUUGAUUACCUGCAUGCUACAGCGUAUCAGUCCACAGCGCUAGGACGGACCAUCCUGGGGCCCACAGAGAACAUCAAAACAAUCAACAGAGGAGACCUGGUGGAGUACAUCACCACUCACUACAAAGGCCCCAGAAUAGUUUUGGCUGCUGCUGGAGGAGUUUCACACGAUGAACUCAUCGAUCUUGCUAAAUAUCACUUUGGAAAGCUUCCCGGUAGAUAUGAAGGUGAAGCCCCUGCUCUGCCUCUUUGUAACUUCACAGGAAGUGAGAUCCGUGUGCGUGAUGACAAAAUGCCACUGGCUCACAUCGCUAUCGCAGUGGAGGCAGUGGGAUGGUCACACCCCGACACCAUCCCUCUCAUGGUGGCCAACACACUUAUUGGAAACUGGGACCGCUCAUUCGGUGGCGGUGUGAAUCUGUCCAGUAAACUGGCUCAGAUGGCUUGUCAGGGAAACCUGUGUCACAGCUUCCAGUCCUUCAACACCUGCUACACAGACACUGGACUGUGGGGGCUCUACAUGGUGUGUGAGCCCGGCACCAUCAACGACAUGAUGUACUUUACACAGAUGGAAUGGAUGUCUCUGUGUACGAGUGUGACGGAGAGUGAGGUGGUUCGGGCCAAGAAUCUGCUCAAGACCAACAUGCUGCUGCAUCUCGAUGGCUCCACCCCCAUCUGCGAGGACAUUGGAAGACAGAUGUUGUGCUACAGUCGAAGGAUCCCUCUACACGAACUGGAGGCCAGAAUUGAUGCCAUCGAUGCUAAAACCAUUAAGGAAGUUUGUACUAAAUACAUUUACAACAAAGCUCCUGCCAUCGCAGCAGUAGGUCCUAUUGAACAACUUCCAGACUACAACCAGAUCCGCAGUGGGAUGUUCUGGAUGAAAACCUGAAGGAUCCACCAUAGACACACAACUAUAAACUGUACAGUAUAUUGACACAAACUCUAUUUAAGUCUCCAAUGUAGUAUUUUUCCGCCUUUAAUCUUUUCUUAUAAAAUAAAGACCAACACAAUAAUUUUAAAAUAACACA